AGUUUACAUAAGAACAGACUGCGCGGCCGUAAGAGUGCCAUAUUUUCGCAAGAUUUAGAUUUUUUUUCAAACAAGAGUGGAAACGCCGGCAACACGAAUUGCGAAUGCCUCCUCUAAAAAAUACAUUUGCAUGCCACAGCGAGUUCAACUCGAGUGAUUCAGUCAGUCGGCAGGCCGUACAAAAAAACGCCUAGUGUAUUCUGAAGCACAGCACUGUGACUUUGGAAUAACCUCUUCAACCGUGCGCGAGGAUUGUUUGAAGAAGAAAACGACAAAACUCUAUUUCGACGCCACUCAAACUUUUCCGGGAAUGGUAGGAGAAGUUACAAGCAGGGGUGUGCCCUCGGUGACACUUUUGGGGUAGAUUAUUUCGUUAAAUAAUCUUCAGUUAUGGGAUUAAACAUCUCGGCUGGGCGGACAUUGCAAGAGGAAGGAUCACUGGAUGCCAGAAAUGAUGAUAAGAUUGUUAAAUACAUGAAGGAUGUGAUAAAUGGGGACUAUGUUGAUGUAUCCAGAGAGGAUGACGAAGACCCUUUAUUUGUCUUAGAUCUGAAGGAUGUGGAGAAGAAGCACCACCUAUGGAAGCAGGAGUUUCCAAAUGUGCAACCAUUCUAUGGCGGAGUUACAGCAGGUGCUUGAUCUAGGCGUUCAGCCUAAUAGGAUCAUAUAUGCACACCCAUGCAAAGCCAAAUCACACCUCAUGUUCGCCAAGGAGAACGAUGUCCGACUCAUGACGUUCGACAACGAGGACGAGCUCGUCAAAAUAAAGGAAGUCUUUCCAAAUGCGAGGUUAGAUCGACAAAAGAUGUUACGUUAUCACAUUUAGGUGCACUUCUUUUAGGUUUUUUUUUUCAAACUUGCUUCUUAUGUUUUCAUUUUGAAAAGGAAAAUUCCUUUUUGUUUGUUUCGAAAUACCACCAUUUAAUAUACCUGCCAUAUGCUGUUAUACUAACUACCACCAUGAUUACGGCCAUGACAAGGCAGAUUUGUAAAAUAAGGAGGACAAUAAACUGAUAAACAUUUAUUGACAGAUCUUCUCUUGGUCUUACUGGUGGUUUCAGAAAUAUGCUGGCAAGAUGACAUCAUUUUAAUCUGUUAAAAGAAAUGCCUUACAUCUAAGUUUCAUUUGCACUUGUCAAUUGAUAAGAGUUCAAAUCAAUCAAAUUAGGUUCAUGUAAAUUUUCAACAAAACUGGAUGAAUAUUGACGAGGAAUGGUGGUAUUGGAAUAAUUAUAGUAAUUAUUUUCAAGGGACUCAUGGGAGAUGACGUCAUCCGUUUUCUCAUUGCUAAUCCAUGAUGGCGUAUAUCAUAUCAUCGGGGUCCCCGAUCCCGAUUUUUUUCUUUAAAAAAUUAUUUUCUUUUAUCUGACUGUAGACCUACGUCAAUUGAGGACUUUCCAAUUAGCCUACAAUAUACGAUAAUUCUUCGGAAUAUUUUUUAACGUUUUUUGUGUAAGAUUUUUUUAGGGUUUAUCAAGUGUGCUAAACAAGUUGAUUUAGUACCGUACAGAUGCUGAUAAUAAAUAAUGGUGAUAAAUGUG